CAUGUCUGAUGUCAUAGAUAGUCUACAAGCCACGCUGAACUGCGCUGGGCUGGCGUAUCUUGCGUUAUAAUCGUCGGGUAAUCGGGUUCAUUUCUUGGAAUGUUGUUAUUGUUGUUUUGUGAGUACUUGCCGACUUGCCGGGUGUCAGUAAUGGAGUUGUACUGCGGGGCUAUGCUGCUAUGAAGUUGAAGUUGCUAAGUCAUGGUGAUGUAGAAAUCGCGCAGCGCGCAUAUAAUGCAUCUACUGUGAUGUGAAUGCCCCACAUCAAUGCGAAACGCGCAGCGUUCAGGCGCACACAGCACAGGAGCCAGCUUCAAACAAGACAAACAGAAGCCGCCAGAUCAUCCCUGAUGUCAUCUAUCUUGGACGUAGUGGAUUUAGAGGACAAAAAGUGAAGAAUUGCCAACAAAUGAUUCAUUCCUGAACUCCAGAACUAGAAGCCCAACACCAAAGGACCAAGCUGGAAUCUCAUGGACUAAAUCAGGAAUAUCUGUUCUAAAGAUGGAACCUCUGGACUAAACUAGAACUCCAUGGACUAAAUAGGAAUAGUUCUUAAACCAGGAAUAUCAGGACCAAAAGCUGAAACAUCACAGACUAAUUUAGGCAUUUCUGGACUAAAAUUGGAAUCUCUGGACUGAAUAUGGAAUUGCUGGGCUGAACUAGAAGUCUUUGGGUGAAAUCAGUAAUCUCAGCGACAUGACUAUUUUUUUCUGUGAUAUCUGACUGACUAGCAUUGAGGAUAUAUGUGUUGUAACAGGCUAGUCACUAGAUAGCUAUGCUAGAGAGGUGAACAUAUUAUCAACACAUUGACUCUGGAGGAAAUACUGCCAAUAGUGAUGGAUGGAAGUUAUAAUCAUCAAAUCGGACAAACGGAGGGGUACGUGGGUGUUACUUGUGUAGGACUUUGAUUUGUAAUAACAGAUACUGCGUGGAAAACCCCACCCGUGAACGUUUAGUAGUAUUGAUAAGUAUCACGCGUUGAGUGACUAUGCACUAUGCACUGUGUUACAAUCAUUCAAUAAGGAUUAAUCGGGUGCAAAAGUCAACUUGGAGGAUUCAGGGAAAAUCUAUACUUAGUCCAUUGAUUGAUUAAUCCGUCUCUAAGACAGACAACCCCCCCUCCCAUCGGUCAGGAUGUUGUGCCCCAGGAAGAAGCGCCUCACUAGGGAUGCAGAUUUCUCUGCCAUCGCGGUGCCGUCGAUGCGGGGGUCUGGGUACCUGGACUACACCAUAGAGACCCACCCCUCCAGAGCCCUGCAGGCCAUGGAGGACUUCAGAAGGCACGAGAUGCUGUGUGACAUCACCCUACAUGUCACCUAUAAGGACACGACCGUUGACUUCAAGGUGCAUAAAGUGGUGCUGGCGUCCUGCAGCCCAUACUUCAAAGCCAUGUUCACCAGCAGCUUUAAGGAGUGCCACGCCUCUGAGGUGACGCUACGUGAUGUCUGCCCCCUGUUGGUAGGGAGGCUCAUUGACUUUGCCUACACCUCACGCAUCACCGUGGGGGAGAAGUGUGUGCUGCACCUCCUACUGGCUGCUAUGAGGUACCAGAUAGAAGACGUGGCUAAGGCUUGCUGUGACUACCUCACUAAAAACUUGGAGCCUGCCAACGUGAUCGGCAUCGCUCGGUUCGCUGAGGAGAUUGGCUGCACCGAGCUGCACCUGAGGAGCCGCGAGUACAUCAACACACACUUCAACGAGGUAACCAAAGAGGAGGAGUUCUUCAGUCUGUCUCACUGUCAGCUGUUGGAGCUCAUCAGCCAGGACAGCCUCAAGGUGCUCUGUGAGUCAGAGGUGUACAAGGCUUGUACAGACUGGGUACGAUGGGACGUGGAGAGCAGAGCUCCGUAUCUCCACGCCCUCCUCAAUGCUCUCCACGUCUACGCUCUGCCUCCCAAGUUCAUCAAGAUACAGCUCCAGUCCUGCCCCAUCCUCAGCAAGGCCAACUCCUGUAGAGACUUCCUGUCUAAGAUAUUCCAGGAAAUGGCGUUGAGGAAGCCCCUCCCCCCUGCGCCUCACCGUGGAACACAGCUUAUCUACGUAGCCGGAGGGUAUCGGCAGCACUCUCUGUCUUCUAUGGAGGCCUAUGACCCUGGUAGGAACAUCUGGCUGAAGCUAGCUGACAUGGGCUCUCCCUGCAGUGGCCUGGGCUCCUGUGUGCUGUUUGGCCUGCUCUACACGGUGGGAGGCAGGAACCUGUCCCUACAGAACAACACUGAGUCCAGUUCCCUGUGCUGCUACAACCCCAUGACCAAUCAGUGGAGCCAGCACGCCUCCCUCAACACCCCCAGGAACAGGGUGGGGGUGGCUGUGGUGGACGGGAGCAUUUACGCCGUGGGGGGGUCCCAGGGGUCCACACAUCAUAACACUGUGGAGAGGUAUGACCCAGAGGCGAACCGCUGGGUGUUUGUGAGCCCCAUGUCAGUAGCCCGUCUGGGGGCGGGGGUAGCAGGUUGCGAGGGGUCUCUGUACGUGGUGGGGGGGUUCGACGGCCAGAACCGCUGGAACACAGCAGAGAGGUUCCACCCCGAUUCCAACACCUGGCACCAACUGGCCCCCAUGACCACUGUACGCAGUGGACUAGGUGUGGUGUGUGUGGACUCAUACCUGUAUGCAGUAGGAGGGUAUGACGGUCAUACCCAGCUCAGCUCCAUGGAGAGGUACAGUGUAACCAGAGAUGUGUGGGAGCCAGUGGCCUCCAUGCAGCACUGCCGCAGCGCUCACGGGGUCACCAUCUACCAGGGACGCAUCUUCAUACUGGGUGGUUUUAACUCCACAGGGUUUCUGUCCAGUGUUGAGAGUUACUGCCCUGACACCAACCAGUGGACGUCCAUCACCAACAUGUUGCUAGGACGCAGCGGAAUGGCCGUCGCAGUAACAAUGGAGCCCUGCCCCGGCAACCUGCCCGAGGAGGAAGAAGAAGAGGAAGUGACAUAGAGUUAGAGCGAGGAGACAUGACUCAUCAUAACUCUUUUUAUAUUUGACUCAACAUGGCGGCAGAGCAGGACUUGUUGCAGUAGAAUUAGAAUGAGUAGAAAGUACAAAGCUCUUAGAUCACUUUUAUCCAAAGCCACAAAGUUUGCAUUAAUCAGGAAUGUCUGUUCUGAUCAUUCUAAUUCUAUGUGGAGUCAGUAGGAAGUGGACCAGGGGGAGGACGUGACCUCACAGUGACUUCAAAGUGACCUCACCAUUAUUAGGGUGCUACAGACAAAGAGUUAGGAAUUAGAAUACUAGAAUGGGCAUGAACCUUCGUAUGAUGCCAUUAUAAGACACAUUGCCUGAAUCACUAAAUGGGCUGUCACUCCCAAACAGAAGAUGACUGCAUUGGUCACAAUUUAUUUUUAAAUGUAUCAACUUAAAUUUAAGGAACACCUAACUUUACAAGACUCACAUUACUUAUUUCGACAACAGCAGCCAUUACACAUUCCAAGGGUACAUCAUGAGGUUAGAAUAAGAUCUUUCGGCUACAAAGACCCAACUGACUGGAAUCACAGUGAAUUUAAGAGCCAUUUUUCAAAUGUUAAGAACAAACAGUUUGUGUUUUUAAUCAAGACACUGUCUUUCAAAGAUAAUUCUUAAAAAUCAAAAUAACUAAACAGAUCUUCAUUGUAAAAGGUUUAAACACUGUUUCCCAUGCUUGUUCAAUGAACCA